CUGUUACUUAUAUCAAUAUCACGGUUGAGCGAUCGAGCGUCUCGAGCUUGUGUAUAGUUGUAUCGUUAUUCAUUAUUAUAUUACGCUAAUAACUAAUAAUACAGGCCACAACAAUCAAAUACCACACACGACUGGACACAAGACUAGGAAAAGAGAUUUAAAUUUUUGGAUCCGCUAGUUACCAGACUUAUAUCUAGGUAGCGUUAAAAAAUAUUCUACACAUCUGUAUAUAUUCUUGCGGUUGCGGCGACAACACCAUGUUCAACUCUCAUCAGAUAGAGGAAAAUUUUGAAACACUCAAGGAUUUGUUCACCACCAUGAGCCAAGCCAUAGAGCAACUCGAACAACAACAGUCCAAAUUGGAAAAGGACAAUAAAAGGCUCAAUGAAACUAACGAUAAAUUGCUAGAAAUUACCAAGAAACAGAGAUUGAUGGUAGGCACUUCGGAUGAAUCAAGAGGUUUAUCUUCAGAAGAUAUAACUAACCAAUACCGAGUAUCACUCUAUAAGAAGCUUGCCGAUCUUGAAAAUCAUUUAUUGCAAAAUCAAACAGCAUUCACUGACGACUUUAAUUUUGAUGAAAAGGAUGCUAAGCAAAUGUUGAAAUUGAAAGUUCAAAUUCACUCAUUAUUAGAGGAAAACCAAUCAUUGAAAGAUCAGCUUUCAGAUUUCCAGAAUUUGCAUGAUCGGAUUAUGUCUGAAAUCCGAUCAAAGAAGAAUGCUAAUAGCACCAGUCAACAGCAAGAAAAUAAUGCAACAAACGCCUCUUCUACUGCUACUGGACCACUUGACAAAAACGAUGUGCAACCACUUCAGGUGAACGUUAUUGAUAGUGAUGUAGACGAAUUAAAGGAUAAGUAAAAAAAAGUGUUCAAAGUAUGAUAAGAUUAUUUUAAAGCUAUAAGAGUAGCUUUAUAUUCAAUUAAAAAUUUAUUUUCUUUUUAGUCAUUAGAAUACUUAUAAAAAAUAAAAUAUAUUCAUUAUAUUAAUUUAUAAAAAUUUACUUACAUUAUAUUCACUAGAAUUACAUUUUUUUUUAUUUAUGAGUUUCUUUACUUAAUUAAAGUAGUCGAUUUGGACUGUUAGUACCUAAGUAAAAUAAGUUGUACUUUUU